CAACACCCUCGCGGUAGCCUGUGCUUACUGUAUCUUAGUCUUGCCUUAGCCUAGCGAAACAUGUUGCUAACGGCCGUGCCUUCUUUUGCUUCAGACUGGAUACUUGCUGCGCUCGUGUUCUACACAUCUAGAGAACGUCCGUCAUGAACACCAUCUGGCUGCUGGCGCUUGCCCUGCUCGGAUAUGUGGCCUUCACGGUCAUCUACAGACUCUACUUCCAUCCGCUUUCGAAGUUUCCCGGCCCCAAGAUCGCAGCAGUGACCACUCUUUACAAUGCUUACCACGAUGUGGUGCGCGGCGGACAAUACGUGUGGGUCGUGGAGGAGAUGCACAGGCAGUAUGGCCCGAUUGUACGCACACGACCCGACACCAUCCACGUCAACGACCACAAGUUCGUGGAGACACUGUACACACAGUCGCCGAAGAUGCGGCGCGAGCGUUUCUACACCCUUCUAUACACCAUGCAAGACCAUGGCUCGAUGCUGUCGACUCGAGACCACGACUUGCAUCGUCGCCGUCGCGCUGCCCUCAACCCGUACUUCUCCCACGCCAACGUGCGCCGUCUGGAGCCGGUGAUCAACGACACUUUGGCUAAUUUGCUGCAUCGCAUGGAGGGCUGGGCGAGAGAAGGGAAGCCGGUGGGUAUGAACGUUGCCUUCCGCGCCGCGACGAAAGACGUCAUCCAGGCGUAUGCAUUUGGCGAGGCGGAAAGAUGUCUGGACAUGGAAGAUUGCAAUGCCGCCUUUUUCGACAUCAUGAUUCCUCAGUCGUCAUUCCACAUGGGCACGCACUUUCGCUCACUCAUGUUGUUCAUGGCGAACUUGCCGCUUGCGGUGAUGCAGCUGCUUGUGCCCAGGAUUGCGGUCUUUGCCGGUUUCAUGAAGGAACUCUAUGCUCGUAUCGAUGGUAUUCGGGAUGCGAAAGAGGAUCCGGAAGGGAAGACCAUCUUCCACGAACUCGUCAAAAGCGAUAUGCCGCUGUCGGAGAAGACGACGAAACGGCUGGGCGACGAGGCUAUGGUGAUGCUGAUUGCUGGGACAGACACUACGGCGUCUACACUGGCUGCAAUUAUGUACCACCUGCUCGCCGAUCCAAAGCUGUUGGGAAGACUACGAAAGGAACUGGAGACCGCUAUUCCGGAUGUCAAUACUCUCCCCACCGCUUCUAAACUGGACGAACUGCCACUGCUCAACGCAAUCAUCAGGGAAGCACUACGUCUCUACCCCGGCGCUACGCAUCGACAAGACCGUCUGGCUCCCGAUGAAGAUUUGAUCUACCAACGUCCAUCAGACGGAAAAAUCUUUACCAUCCCGGCCGGCACCGGCGUAGGCAUGACAGCGCCUCUUCUCAACAGGCAUUCCGAUGUGUACGCGCAACCCGACGACUUUCUCCCUGAGCGGUACCUUGAGAAUCCCGCCCUGCAAAAGCACCUCUUCACCUUCUCGAAAGGCACGCGACAGUGCCUUGGAAUGCAUCUGGCCUAUCAAGAGCUACAGACGUUCAUAGCGGGUAUAUUCCGCAAGUACGACGUGUACGACCCUACGAAGACCGAGCAAGACGGUCCGACGUUGGAGUUGUUUGAGACGACCAGGGCGGACGUGGCUAUGGCUGCUGACUGCAUCAAUAUCGUGCAGUACAAAGGCAGUCAGGGUGUGCGUAUAGUGAUAAGGCAUUAAUGUUGAGACUCAUUAGAUGUUCGUCAUGACACGCUGGAUGGGUCAUCUAGUCACCUCGGAGAAGGCUGUGCAGCUUUCUGGAUUGCACGAAUGGGAUUCUUGGGCGACUAGAUAUCGCUAUACGCCACACGAGCACGGCAUUGGCCCACUACAAUCUAUAUAUAUAGACGCAAUCUUGUAUUCUCGUACAGUGUCUCGAUCAUUACUUCGGGAGUCAGGUUGAUAUACGACAGGGCUUGCCGAGUAUCAUCCGCUUCGGGAAGGAGCCUGACAUCUAUGCCCGUGAACUCCCAUCUCG